UAAUGGGGGUGGAGGAGUAAUUGAGCUACUACUGUUUUAAUUUUAAAGACAGAUAUUUGAGGAAGUGGGCUGCAGCAGUUGUUUCAUGUUUAAUUAUUUCUCAAGUUGCCGUUCAGCUGAAGAGACAGAUAAAGUGGUAUUACUGCUGUUGUCUUGAUUUUCUCCAACGACAAAUCUUUCAGCUGUGGAAGCACACAGAAAAAUGGUACCUCAUGCAGAGACAUCAAAUGCACUGCCCUUUGUAUUGCUCUUCUUAUUUCCACUGCUGCUGUCAGGAGCUUGGUUUCCUAAAAGUUUACCCUGCGAUGUAGAAGCCUCUGAAGGUACAGUGAGAGUGGACUGCAGCGAUCGUCGCCUCACAGAAGUCCCCAGAGGGAUCCCUGCAAAUGCUACAAACCUGACCCUGACUAUUAAUCAUAUCCCCCACAUCUAUCCAACAUCUUUUGCUUAUCUUGAAAGGCUCGUGGAGAUUGACUUCAGAUGCAACUGCGUGCCUGUCAGACUGGGGCCCAAGGAUCAUGUGUGCACCAGGACACCAACAAUUGAGAAUGGCAGUUUUGCUGCUCUGACAAGACUGAAGUCGUUGUACUUGGAUGCAAAUCAGUUGUCGGAAAUACCCCGGGGUCUUCCUACUACUUUAAGUCUGCUAAGUCUGGAAGCAAACAGUAUCUUUUCUAUCAAAAAAGCUAAUUUCUCAGAACUAAAAAACAUAGAAAUAUUGUAUCUGGGACAGAACUGUUACUACCGUAACCCGUGCAAUGUUUCAUUUGAAAUUGAACAAACAGCCUUUCUGGAUCUGAAAAAUUUGACAGUACUGUCCCUGAAGUCUAACAACUUAACUCAUAUUCCACCCAACCUGUCCUCUACUUUAAAGGAAUUGUAUAUUUACAAUAACAUAAUUCAAGAGGUUCAGGAAUAUGAUUUAAGUGCCCUUCACAACCUAGAAAUUCUUGAUCUCAGUGGUAACUGCCCACGUUGCUAUAAUGCCCCAUAUCCUUGUAUUCCCUGCCCCAAUAACGCACUUAAGAUACAUUCAAAGGCUUUUUAUUCCUUGAAAAAAUUAAGAAUUUUGAGACUUCACAGUAACUCUCUUCAGAGUAUACCCAGCAGCUGGUUUAAAAACACCAGGAAUCUCAAAGAGCUUGACCUCUCCCAAAAUUUCCUCAUGAAGGAGAUUGGAGAUGCUCAGUUUUUGAAGUUUGUCCCCAGACUUGUAGAGCUGGAUCUGUCCUUUAAUUUUGAACUGCAGAUGUAUUCUCCGUCCUUGAACCUGUCUAAGACAUUUUCUACCCUCUCAAAUCUGGAAAUCCUGAGGAUCAGGGGUUAUGUCUUUAAAGAACUGAAAAAAGAAAAUCUAUUUCCAUUGCUCAAGCUUAGAAAUCUAACAGUGUUGGAUCUUGGGACUAAUUUUAUUAAAGUUGCUGACCUAACAGUGUUCAAGAAAUUCCAAGCUCUUAAAGUCAUAGAUCUGUCAGUGAAUAAAAUUUCUCCUUCUUCAAGUGAAAGCAACUCUUAUGGAAUUUGCUCUAAUCCCAGGAUUUCAGUAGAGCAACGCAACAGGCAAGUUUUACAAGAGAUGCAUUAUUUCAGGUAUGAUGAGUAUGGCCGAAGUUGCAAGUCCAAAGACAAAGAGGCUAAUUCCUACCGACCUUCAGUUAAUAGGGAUUGUCUGGAUUAUGGAAAAACUCUGGAUUUAAGCAGAAACAACAUAUUUUUUAUUAGCCCCUCAGACUUCCGGGAUCUUGAUUUCCUCAGAUGCCUCAACUUGUCAGGUAAUGCAAUAAGUCAAACUUUAAAUGGAAGUGAAUUCCACUACCUGUCUGGAUUGAAAUAUCUGGAUUUUUCUAACAACAGGAUUGACUUGCUAUACUCGACUGCUUUCGAAGAGCUGAAACUUUUAGAAAUUCUAGACCUAAGCAACAACAAACAUUAUUUUCUGGCAGAAGGUGUUACUCAUGUCCUUAGUUUCAUGAAAAACUUGGCCUAUCUGAAAAAGUUGAUGAUGAAUGAGAAUGAGAUUUCUACCUCUAUUAGCACAGGGAUGGAAAGCCAAUCUCUUAAAAUUUUAGAAUUCAGAGGAAAUCGUUUAGAUGUUUUAUGGAUGGAUGGGAAUGCUAGAUACCUGUCAUUCUUCAAGAAUCUGACCAACUUGGAACAACUGGAUAUUUCCUUUAACUCACUCAGUUUUUUGCCUUCUGGUAUUUUUGAAGCUAUGCCUCCAGAACUCAAGAUACUCAACUUAACCAAUAACCGGUUGAAGACUUUCAAGUGGGGAAAACUCUACUUGCUGAAGAAACUAACAACUUUGGACCUCAGCAACAACCUUCUGACUGCUGUUCCCCGAGAACUGUCCAAUUGCACUUCCACACUCCAAGAACUGAUUCUCCGAAACAAUCGCAUUCAACGGUUAACCAAAUAUUUUCUCAGAGGUGCAAUUGGACUGAAAUACUUGGAUCUCAGUUCAAACAAGAUCCAAAUAAUUAAGAAAUCUAGCUUCCCUGAAAAUGUCAUUAACAACCUGAAGAUGCUGCUUUUGCAUGGCAAUCCUUUCAAGUGCAAUUGUGAUGCAGUGUGGUUUGUUUGGUGGAUCAACCAGACUCAAGUGACUAUUCCUCUUCUGGCCACAGAUGUGACGUGUGCUGGCCCAGGGGCACAUAAAGGAAGGAGUUUGGUUUUCUUGGAUCUGUAUACCUGCGAGUUGGACACCUCCUAUUUGAUCAUGUAUGCUUUAUCAGCUUCAGCUGUCCUAGGUUUUAUGGUGUUUGCUGUUAUGAACCACCUAUAUUUCUGGGAUGUGUGGUAUAGUUAUCAUUACUGCACUGCAAAGUUGAAGGGCUAUAGACGUUUGCCUUUACCAGAUGCUUGCUAUGAUGCUUUUAUUGCCUUUGACAAUACAGAUCUGGCUGUGAACGAGUGGGUGAUGACAGAAUUGGUUGAAAAGCUGGAAGAUCAAAAACCCAGAAAGUUCAAUUUAUGCCUGGAAGAAAGGGACUGGCUUCCAGGACAGCCAGUCUUUGACAACCUUUCCCAGAGCAUUCAACUGAGCAAAAAGACCAUAUUUGUGCUAACCAACAAGUAUAUUAAAAGUGGCAGCUUCAAGACAACAUUUUACAUGGCCCACCAGCGCCUGCUAGAUGAAAAGAUUGAUGUGAUUAUCUUGAUAUUUCUUGAGAAGGUAUUGCAGAAGUCCCGGUAUGUUAGGCUGAGGAAAAGGCUGUGCAGAAGUUCUGUCUUGGAAUGGCCGACUAACCCUCGAUCUCAGCCCUACUUUUGGCAGACUCUGAAAAAUGCCAUAGCUACAUGCAAUACCCUGGCUUACAACAACCUUCUCCAGGAAACUGUUUAGCUCUACCAUUCACUGUAGAAUAUUUUUACUAUACACGGUGAGGAAAAGAUACUGAACUUGAUAUGGAGAACGUGUAAGUUUGCUGUGACAGGAUUCAAUAUAAAUUGUUGCCAGCAAAUGUUUAGCUGACAUAUACCUUGCUUGGCAUUUGUUACUGCACUGUGAGAGAACAUGCACUCCCCACUGGAAGUCCCUGGUUUAGAACAGAAUGGCCACUUCCAGCUUUCAGUUCACUGGAGGCCUCCAGCAUCUCCUGUGGUUGGGUCAAGUGUGCGUGAGACACUUGUUCACCUUACUUUAGUACACAGGAUUCCAGGAGGAGUUGGGCCAUGCCCAAAGUUGCUGUUAUUUGGAUCACUGUUGGAGUAAAUGUGAUUUUAUUAGAAAAUUAUAGUUAGUGUGUUUCUAUGUAUUUAUGAAAAACAGGGACAGCAUUUACUGACACAUUCAUCUCAGAAAGUACCUUAAGCAAAUUUCACAUUUAGGAGUCAGGAAAAUGUAAGCACGAUUAUCUUUUCAACUCAGGCUUCCAGCAGCUGAGUCUACCAGUUCUGUCUGACUGGGCAACAGCCCUGAUCACUGGGGAAAUGAUGUGCUGGUGGGAAUGCUGCCAAGGGCUUGGAUGUGGGAUGGGAGCUCUCCUGCUGUUGGAUUGUCCAAAAGGUCAUAAACCUGAAGAAGUUUUGGAGAAGUCGCAUGGGCUAAAAUAAGAAGGUAUGACAGAAACAAGUUCAGAAGGGCUCGCAGGCAGUGCGUUGGAAAGAGUUUGGGAAGGGAAUCCCUUUGCAUGGAGCUGCUGCAUGGGAGUGAGGAGGGGGAGCAGGACAGCAGGUAGGCUGAGGGAAACCUUUGAAAAUGGCAGAUGGAGAAAACUGUGGAAAACAAAGGGGAUGAGAUAAAGAAAGGAAAGUAGGAAAAAAGAAGUGGGAAGAAUUGGAAAGAAUAGAGAAAAACACUAGCUAAAUUACGGCAUGAUAGAAGUAAAGAAGGAUUUACUGAUAAUUUCCAAGCAAUCUGUUCGCUUUCCCUUUCAUCUGCUUCCUUGGCUGCUGUCUGAGCUGGCUGCUCCCUGAGAUCUCAAGGCUUCUGUCCAGUGAUGUGUGGUUGGCUUUAGGAGCUCAGCUUCACCAUUUCCACCCAGGUCCUGUGUCACAACCCCUUGUGUAUCAACUGGGACAGUGUCAGCAGGUCCAGACAGAGGUGGGAUCUGGGGACACACUAAACUGUCAGAAUCACUUACCUCUGCCUGCCCAGACCUUCUCCAGAGCAAAACACCAUCAAACUACAAAACAUGUAAGACCAAGUCAUACAAGGAGAGAAACCAUCUGACUAUUUCUUUAGCCAUACCGUGAUUGCUCCAGAGCAUUUUCAAGCCCUCCUUUCAUUCUUGUUCCCCAGGCAGAUCUCUUCCACAGUGUCUGCUUAAAACCUAAUCUGGGAAUGUGCCUGACUUUAGAGAUAACCUUAAGAAGAGAACAAAUGCUGUUUAGAAAAAUAAAGGUUUGGGCCUAUUCCUCACUCUGGUUUACAGAGCAUCCUCAAAAAACGUGACAGUUUUUCAGCUGAAGUCUUUAAAGAGGCAUCAUAAACCUUCGUGUGUUGCUCAGAUAGUUUUGGGAGAAGCAAUGUGCUCUCACCUUGCACUUCUGUCUGCAGCACAGUCUGGGCAGCUUCUCUCCUCUCUCUUAAAGCCUUUUCUCUUCUGGUUACUGGUCUGGCCCACGGGGAGCAGAUGCUCUUUAUUGAUUUGAAUCUACUUAUCCCAGCUGCCUUCUGCAUUUCCACACCCCAAUUUCUGCCUGGUCCUUUCCUCAAACAAGACAUUUUUGUUUUAGUUCUAGGCAUCCAGGCAGACAAGAGCACAAACACAAAGAAGAAAACCAACUUUCACAUAAUAUUAGAGAUAAGAAGGGUGUUAUUUUUCGCCUCAGUUUUUUGCAGCAGUUUUAUUGAUGAACAACUGAAACAGGAGAAAGAGGAGGACCUCGGUAGCAAAGUGGGUGUUUUAUAGCUAUAUUUUAAAGAAUGUCUUUAAUGGUUGUGUUUGUAAGCCUAAACAAUCUGUAUCUGUAAAUAGAAUACCAUGAGCUGUAAUGCAACUCUCUUCACAAGGUAAUGCUGAAAUAGGGACCUCUGCUCCUCAGUUACUCCCAUGACAUGUCCCUCCCUCUCCCCACACCACUUCUUCUACCUGAAACAGCUUCCCCUUUCUCAGCCUGUGUGGUUAGGGCACAAGAUCACUUGGCCUAUCUGAGGUUAUGAGAAGUAUUUUCUCCUCUUCCAUUGAGAAGUGAUGAAAGGAUAGGUACGGGAUGAGUAGCAACGGGUAUAUGUACAAAAGUCUGAGCUUACGGUAUGGUGAGAUGUUUACUUAUGCUGCAGUGCAAGACUGCAGAGACUCCAGGGAUGCUGCAUCAAACCCUUUGUGAGUAUCUGAGAGAGACAACAAACUGUGCUGUGGUUUGCAGUGGGAAACAAGUAGUCUUCUGGCAUGGCACUGCCUGCUGUCAGAGGCAGUGCUCUUGAACAGAGGCUUAGUCACAAGGAGAAGAGCCCACCACAGCUUUCACGUGGCAAAACCCUUCCUGAUACCUUCACCCUUCCCCUGCAACAAACACACAGCCAGGGGAAUAAGGAGGGAUUGAGGAAUACUGCAACACUUUAACCUAGUACUGAAGUCCACCACUAAAGCAUGCUACUAAGUUCUACAUCUACAUGUUUCUUGAAGAACCAUGGAUGGUGAAUCAACUACUUCCCUGGGCAGCCUAUUCUAAUGCCACACAAUCCUUUCAGUAAAGAAAUUUCUUCUAGUAUCCAAACUAAAUCUCCCCUGAUGCAACUUGAGGCCAUUUUCCCAUGCCUUGUCACUUGGUGCUUGGGAGAAAAGCCCAAUCCUCACUGCUCUACAACCUCCUUUAAUGUAAUUGUACAGUGUGAUAAGGUAUCCCCUGAGCCACCCUUUCUCUAGGAUAAACAUCAGUUCCCUCAGCUGCUCCUUUUAAAAUCUGUUUUACAGGCCCUUUACCAGCUUUAUCGUUCUUCUCUGGACAUGCUCCAGCACCUCGAUGUCCUUCUUGUAGUGAGGGGCCCAAAACUGAACCAGUAUAUAAAAUCCUCUUUUACCUCUUUGAUCUCAUUUUUAAGAACUGGCAUAUGAGAAACAGCUGACUCACUGUGAGAAUAAUUUACAUUGGAAGAGACCUCUGGAGGUCAAAACAGGUCUAAUUUCAACAUAGCAUCUUCUUGCUUAGGUCCUUGCUCAUAUAUAAACUUGGAGCACUUUGUAGGAAAAAUGACAUCCCAUUCAGGAACAUGAUAACAGCAUCUGUAAAAGAUCCUGUGAAGAUCAGGAGUUCUUGUUCUGUAGUAAUUGUAUUUGGGUCACAAGCACUCCAAACCAGCAAACCUUUGUCAUCUGAAUACCCCCUGCCUCUUCAUUUUCUAAAUCUCGCUCUGAGAGUACCUGCCUGAAGAAAGAAUCUCUGUGAUAAACUGUUCAUCUGAAAUAUUCGGUCAUCAGUGACAUUCUUCCGUUUACUCUUAACAAGAUAUUCAUUUAGGUCCUUAUUCUUCCCAGUUGUCUCUGUAGGACCUCAGCUUCAUCAAGUGUGUAUGGAAGUUAGCCUCUUAAUUUGGGAAGAUAAAUUUUGUGUCUAAAUGCAAAAGACAUACACAAAAAUCCACCAUUAUCUCCAUGAGUAUAAAUGGGAAAACUAAAGCACAGAGAAGUCAAACCAUUUCUAUAGUGUCCAUUUGCUGAUAGUGAAACUGAAAAAGAGAAUCUAGACAUGUAAUUUUUAAAAGGAACCUGGAUGCAUUCCUUGGUUAAUGAGUACAUUCACAUUAUUUAUACAUGGGAUUAUUUACUUAGAAAAAUAGACAAGUUGAAAAUCAAGUGUGGACAUGGGGACAAAUUCUUACUUUGGUUGUGCAGAUUAUUGAAACAAUGUUGAGGCAGUUGGAAACCCUAUUAAGGUAUUUAAAACUGGUUUAGUGUUGUUGUUUGUUUUGUUUUGUUUUGUUUUGGGGGGAGGAGUUUCUUUGCUCCAGGUAUGCAGCUGAAGAAGUGGUAUCAGAAUAGCAACAGAUCUAAAUCAGUGGCCUUAUCUAUCUGGCCUUUGUCUUCCUUCCUUUGUUCUUACUGAGACAUACUGCUAAUGGCAAAGUUCUGAGCAAACGCAGAUCUAGAUAACUGUGGUUUUGUUUGUUUGUUUGUUUUGUUUUGAAAAAAGAAUCACACACUAAAAAAACAUCUUUGCCAGUGCAAAUUCAGAAACAUUUAAGCAAAUAAAAUUUCAGGCUUUUUGUAGCUGUGUCAUUACUAUUACUGACAAUAGGUCAAUAGGUUUAUAUAAUUAUGGAAAAUCUGGCAAGCUUGCAAAACUGAAGGAUUUGGGUUUCAGUUUCUACCAGUUUCAAUGUUUUAUUUUAUUUUUAUUUUUUCGGAAUAUUUUCUUUCUUCUUACAAACCAUGUUCUAGUUUCAUUGCCUUAGCUUUUGGGUUUAUCUAUGCUAUACUCCUCAUAGAAAUAUCUGCAUUCCUGACUUUACAUACUUUAUCAAUUUUUUUUUUUUACAACUCCACAAGAAUGAGAGGUUCUGGAAGUAGGUGUUACUUAAAAACACACAUGACCAGUCUUGUAUUUUCCUAAUUAUAUUGACUUUUUAAUUAAAGACAGUCUGUCAAUUAGACCUUCAUUUUUGAUAC